AUGAUGCCGCUCAAGCGCGCCCCCCCGCGACGACCUCCUGCCAAACAGCCCAUGUCCCCUGCAAAGCAGAUGCAUUACUUGAGUCAGCAGCAGAUUCAAAUGGCGCGUAUGCUAGAGCAACAGACGCGCGAGCGGCGCACAUACAUUGUGCGCUCCGUUCUGCUCUUCGUCACCCUCACACUGAUCACGGGAUACGGGUACUAUGUGUAUGGUGUUAUCGUGGCCCUCACCAUUCUUAUUGGUGGAUGGUUGAUGGGAUGGCUGGAGGUGCUGCAGGUUGUGCUCGCAUGGGUGGUCCGCAACGCUGGGCAGCCGAACUUCGAUGAACUACUCCGUCGCGCUGAUAUUAUGAGUCAGCCUAUGAAGGAGAAGAACAGCUUCAGUGGCGAGAACGAGUUUCUGGAAUACGGCUCAAGUAGCAUGCAAGGAUGGCGGCGCACCAUGGAGGAUGCGCACACGCUGCUACUGCUCGAGAAGGGUGGGUUCUUUGGUGUCUACGACGGCCACAGCGGGGCUGCAACGGCCAAGUACUGCGGCGAGUACAUGUUUCAGUUUGUGCACCAGACGAAGGCGUUCAUGAAGGGCGAGAUCUCGAAGGCGCUGUACGACGGCUUCAUUGCAAUUGACAAGUACCUGCACACUCUCCCGAAUUUUGAGCGGGGUGGGUGCGCCGCUGUUGUGCUUUACUUAGACGGCGAUGACGUGUACUGUGCCAACGCUGGCGAUAGUCGCUGUGUCAUGUGCCGCAACGGCAGCGUUGAUGCGCUUAGCACUGAUCACAAGCCAUUUCUACCAUCCGAGCAGAUGCGCAUCGAGCGCGCCGGUUGCUACGUGCUGAACCGUCGCGUGAACGGCAUGCUGGCGCUUAGUCGUGCCAUUGGUGACUUUAUGUUCAAAAACAACACGCAGGUUUCGUGGGAGAUGCAGGCAGUGACCAGUGCGCCGGAGGUUCGGGUCACCAAGCUCAACCGCGACAAAGACGAGUUUGCUGUGUUGGCGUGCGACGGGAUCUGGGACAUAAUGUCAAGCAAGCAGGUGGUGGACUUUGUGCGACCGCGCAUCCAGGAGCGCGUGCCACUCGGAAAGAUCUGUGAGGAGCUGAUGGAUGCCUGUCUCUCUCCGCAGCCGUUCCGGCUCGGCUGCGAUAACAUGUCUGUGGUCAUCAUCAAAUUCAAGCGUGGACCUCAAGGCGGUGUUCAAACAGCCCAGACAUCUGCCACCAGCUCUCCGCACGCGUCGUUGCUCUAUCUGCCUGCAGCAUCGUCAUGCAUGACGGACGACAACAUCAGUGCCUUAGGCAAGGACGAUACUUCCUCACCCAGCGCCGUGGCACAGAUUCCUGACGAGGUAGCCUCGACGGCUGGGAAUGCUGAGAAGGCACACUCUGCGGCGGGUGGCGAAGGUGCCGUAUCGGGCGACAUACAAGAGAGAGGCGGUACUGCAGAGCAGAAGAAUUCUCUACCAAAGUCACCAAAGUCACCGAAGGUCUUUUCUGCAAACGUCGCUCCAGCAUUUUCCAGGUGUUCCGUGACGAACACCUUGCCUACCUCAGAUCGCCAUGAGUCCAGAGAUGACGGACUUAGCAGCGGUGACUGUGCGGCUAACUCCAAUGCAUCUCCUCUGAUGAUGAGUACCCACCCCAAGGUACUGUCCACCACAGCGUCCCCGAUUGAUCUCAGCUUGAAGGGCAGAGUUGUGUAA